AUGGCAGAAGGCGCGGCCUCUGUCGGGCAGCCGGCCUACUCGAUCACCGUCCACGAAGCCCCAAAGUUCGACUUGACAUCAUACAUAGCCAACUACAGCGGCAGAACGGUGUUUAGACGGUUGUACCUCAUCGGCGCCUGCUGUCCCCCACUGCGUGAGGAGGCUGCGAAGCUCGCUAUCAAGGAAGCCAAGAAGGGCGCAGAUGUGCGUAACUUUUACGAUGCUGUGGCUCUGCUCCAGGCUGUUCCCGACUACCGCGAUACGGAGCGGCUACUAGAUACCAGCUGGGCGGUCGACCAGGAGAAGAAGAACACUAAAGAGACUCUACGGCUAGAGAACGAGCUCAAGGGGUAUAAGAAUAACCUCAUCAAAGAGAGCAUUCGCAUGGGCAACGAGGACCUUGGUUCUCACUACUACCGCAUCGGUGACCUCGUCAACGCUUCCAAGGCGUACUCGCGCAUGCGGGACUAUUGUACGACUCCUGCCCACAUCGCCUCGACUGCUUUCCGCAUUAUCGCGGUCGCCGUCGAACAACGCAACUGGAUGGCCGUCCAGUCGCAGGUGCUCAAGAUCCAGAACCUCCAGAUGAAGCCAGAUGAUUCAAGCCGGUAUCAAGUCCUCGUUUAUCCUACGACUGCUCUGCAGCGCAUGUGUGCUGGAGAGUAUAAGGAUGCCGCCAACUACUUCCUUCAAACGGAUCCAGCCAUUGGAGAUCAGUUCAACCAAACAAUGUCCGCCAACGAUGUGGCCGUCUAUGGCGGUCUUUGCGCCCUCGCCUCUAUGUCUCGAUCCGAACUGCAGCUGAGGGUUCUCGAGAACGUCACUUUCCGGAAUUUCCUCGAGCUCGAGCCUCAUAUUCGAAGAGCCAUCAGCUUUUUCGUGGCUUGCAAGUAUACUCAGUGCCUCGAGAUUCUGGAAUCAUAUCGCAACGAUUACCUGCUCGAUCUCUUCCUCCAACCCCAUGUGGGCCGCAUCUACCGCAAAAUCCGCGAGAAGAGCAUGGUCCAAUACUUCGAGCCCUUUGGCACCGUCAACCUCGACAACAUGGAGAGAGUUUUCGGUGAAGCAGCGGUUCGGUCGAAUGUCGCCGGAGCUACAAAUGGAGAUCAUCGAAUCUCUAUGGCACUCAUGGAUGAGAUUAUCUCGCUGAUCGAGUCCGAAAAGCUCGAUGCUCGUCUGGACAUUGAGAAGAACCUGCUUGUCGGCCGACAGCCUAAUCUCCGGGCCGAGACGUACAAGGAAGCCGAACAGAUGCUCGACAAGUUCACCAAAGAAGCGUACCUGAAAUUAAUGCGUAUAAACAUGCUCAACGCUGGCCUCGAGACUAGAGCGCCCCCCACCAAGAAGAAAGGGCCUUCAUCCGAGUGGGAGGAAGAUGCCAUGCUGGCUUCGGGGACCGGCAAAGGCAUUGACGCCAGUCUAAUGCCUGGAGGCCGUUCCUUGCGGAGCGGACCCAAGUAG